UGCAUCUUUUCUGAACUGUUUGAUCUGAGUUCUCCUGAUUUUUUAAGUGUGCUAGCUAGUUUUGACGUUUAUGCUCUAGUUCAGUUUAAUUCAUAGAGUAUCACCAUGUCGGUGGCGUUUGCACCUCACAGGCAGCGUGGGAAGGGUGAUAUAACACCCGCUGGAAUACAAAAGUUACUUGACGAAAACAACCAGCUGAUCCAGUGUAUAAUGGACUUCCAGAGUAAAGGCAAAACAGCAGAGUGUUCACAGUAUCAGCAGAUGCUGCACAGAAAUUUAGUGUACCUUGCCACAAUAGCAGACUCCAAUCAAAACAUGCAGUCUCUCCUCCCUGCUCCACCCACUCAAAACAUGCCCAUGGGCCCUGGUGGGAUGAACCAAAGUGGACCCCCCCCUCAGCCUCCUCACGGUCACAACAUGCCCUCUGAGGGUAUGGUCAGCGGUGGCCCUCCAGCCCCACACAUGCAAAACCAGAUGAAUGGACAGAUGCCUGGGCCUAAUCACAUGCCCAUGCAAGGUCCCGGUCCAGGCCCUAACCAGCCACCAAACAUGCCCAGUGGCUCUAUGAAUAUGCCCCCCAGCAGCCAUGGCUCAAUGGGUGGUUACAAUCACACCGUCCCUUCUUCCCAGGGCAUGCCAGCUCAGAGCCAAAUGAAUAUGACCCAGGGCCAACCCAUCGGAAACUAUGGGCCACGGCCAAACAUGAACAUGCAGCCCAAUCAAGGCCCUAUGAUGCACCAGCAGCCUCCCUCCCAGCAGUAUAACAUGCCUCCUGGUGGUGGUGGACAGCACUACCAAGGACAACAGAACCCAAUGGGCAUGAUGGGCCAGGUCAACCAAGGGAACCAUGUCAUGGGGCAGAGGCCAAUGCCACCCUACAGACCUCCACAGCAAGGACCCCCUCAGCAGUACCCAGGGCAGGAAGACUACUAUGGGGACCAGUACAGUCACGCAGGACAGGGAGCCUCAGAAGGUAGGAGAACCCUCCAGUCACUUGGAGAAAACCAACAAAAAAAUGACCCCAGGAUUUUUCAUAAUGACUACAAUUUGCAGUCACCAUAUCCUAAUCAAGGCAUUGGUUGGCUUUAUGUGAAUUCUUCACAACAUAGCUAUCAUGAAGGUAAUGCCCAGUACGGCCAACAGCAGGAAGCAUACCAGCAAGGCCCUCCCCAGCAGCAGGGCUACCCUCCUCAGCAGCAGUACCCAGGUCAACAGGGCUACCCACCACAGCAGCAGGGUUAUGGUCCCUCCCAAAGUGCCCCAGGACAGUAUCCCAACUACCCUCAGGGGCAGGGACAGCAGUAUGGGGGCUAUCGCCCUCCUCAACCUGGACCCCCACAGGGCCAGCAGCAACGCCCUUACGGUUAUGACCAGGGCCAGUAUGGAAAUUACCAGCAAUGAGAGAUGGUCACAGCAACCCACACAGCUCUGCUCUGAUCUCUGUCUGAGCUUUGACCUCUGGUCAACCGCUCAGCAGACUUUAAUAAUGGUUGCAGCUCACUGAGAUUCUCUCAGACACGAACAUACAACACUCAAAAAUACAAGAUAUGUUUUCCCCUCUUUAGGCUGUUGUCUUUGCCUGUAAAAUAUAUUCUGUUUGUCAUGUACAUUGACUUGAUAAAUGUCAAAGUCCAUGACUCUCCCUCUGGUCCAGUAUGUCUCAAAGCAGCAAUGCCUUAAAAAUGGAACUGCCUUAUCCUUCAGCAUUGCAGAUUGUGAAAUGAGCUAACAAAAUUUUGGAUAUCAGAGAUGAUUUAAAUGUACAGUUUGAAUCUACUGUGGUGCAUUGUUUCUCAGCAUUCAGCUCCCUGUUCAUAAGAAGCAAUAAUGCCAGCAGUAAGGAAAUGUGUGGGGGCUUAGAGAUGCAAUAAUGCACCAGACAAACUCCCAGCUAGGCCAUGGUACAUGUCUUGAUGUAUGUGAUGAUGUAAAAAUAUAUUUUAUGCUUUUUAGACCAAGCUAACUUUGUAUAAGACAUUGGAAACUAGUACUAAAGCUGUGUUGGUUAUUACAUGAAGUGUAUAUGUCAAUGUUUUUUUUUUUUUUGUUUUGUUGUUUUUUUUUUUUUUUUUAUGAUCUUUAAUGAUGAUCCCAUCCAGCACAUUUGGUUGUUUAUUUCUUCGUUGUGUUGAAUUGUAUAACGAUUGAAUUGGAUCUCCUACUUCAGUGACAUGGACACUGUACCAAUUCUUUGUGUUAAAAUGGAAGAUUAAUUGACAUGCAGAAAAAAUACCAACAGCAUACCUGGAAUUAGAGAAUGUUUAAUGUCUGAAAACAUGUAACAAUUGCUGUAUUCUGUGUUGAGCUGUGUUUUUAAGUCAGUGAAAAACCUAUAACAAAUUUGGAUCAUGAGUAGAUUUUAUUUAACCACAUUACUUGACAGAAUAGUGGCCAUCGGUUUUCAUUUAGCACAUGUGCUCUAAGAGGUGAUAUGUAGCAGAUGCCACCUGUGGAGCGUUUUUUUUUUUUUUUUUUCUUUUUUCCUAUACAAGCCCCUCAGUCUUGUCCACUGACUGCAAAUUGGUGAAUGGGAAAGAUGAAAUUCGGUAUAAUAAAUAUUUCUGACAAGUAGUUAGGUUUGUUAGUUUUGAUGAUGCUGGAAUCCCUUCUCUCCUUUGAAUAAAUGUCUAAGUUGAUGUCAUUCAAAUAGUGUUGUGUGUGAAUAACAAAGAUUGUUACUGUCAAAUAUGUAACAUAAGAUGUGAAAAUAAUGUUCUGACAUGGAUUCCUUAAUUUCACAGUAAAGACUGGUUGUGCAGUUUUAUAUCACUGGCUUGAUAUCUGUUUUAUGGUGCAUACUUUAUUGAUCCCAUAUGUACAGCAGCAUAAAGAAGAGUGUCCUCUGGUAUUGUUUAUAUAUGGCUGUUUUAAUAUUUUGCAUUCUGCACCCCAUCCAAGUGGUGGUCACAUUUGUGUCAUGGCAAUGUAUAACUGUACAUUAUAAUAAAU